AUGCCGCAGAACUGCAGCGCUGACGCCGCAACGGUGAAGCACUGGAAGAGUGCGCUCGCCCGCGCGCUCUCCGCCCUCGACGCCACCCUGGCUUUGGCCGGCAGAACUCUCACCGUCGGCAUCGUCGGCGGCUCAAUCUCGGCUGGGUCUGGCGUCAACCACCCCAGGUUGACGUUUGCGGGCCAGCUGACUGCGGGAUCAGAGCGGCUGCGCGUUGUCAACCGGGCAGUGCGUGCGACUGGCUCCGCCUUUCCCUCCUUUUGCCUGGAGGAGUUGCUUCCCGAGCCGGUCGACGUGCUCGUGGUCGAGUUCGCCACGAAUGACGGCCACUUUGGCGAGGCCAUGCGCGACAGGUCUCUCGGCGCGCCAUCCAGCGGCAGCAGCACGAUGGCGGCCCACGACUCGGCCCACGAUCGCGGCCCACGACUCGGCCCGAGCGCAUCGAUGGAGCGGCUCCUCCGGCGGGUGCGACUGAGGUGGCCAAGCGCAGAGCCCCUCAUCUUGUACAUGUGCCGGCCACCCCGACAACCGGCAGCGCCGCCGUGCGAGGGGCUGUAUUCCGACGUGGCCACCGCGUACCACACACGCGAGUUGUCCUUGGCCAAGGCGAUGGGGGAGGCGAUUUCAAACGUCGCUUGGGCCGAAGGUGUCCAUCCUGAUUGCGCUGGUCACGUGGCGGCGGCGGCGAUCAUCGCAGCGGAGCUGCUGCGCAGGACGAGAGAGCGGCCGUCGGAGCAUCAACCGCUGCCGACGGUGCCGCUCCACCUAGACGCGUCGUGGGAGCGGCUGGACGUCGCCUGGAGCUGCCGCACCUGCGACUGGCGCAGCUGCGAUAGGCUGCAGCCCGACGCCGCAUCGCACGGGUUUGUGGAGCGCGGCUUCUCGACCGCGCGGGUGCCAACCCUUCGCACGCCGUCAGGCGGCCUCGCGGUGCACAGCUGGCAGACGCGCAAAUGGGGCUUCGCGAGCGACACCCUCGGCGACGCCCUCGAGCUGAGCGUGCCGGCCUCGAGCCACGUGCAGGUGGCGCUUCUUUGCUCAUAUCGCAGCGUUGGACGCGUGGGAAUCUCGCUCGGACUCGGCGGGGAGAGGACCUAUGAUCUGCGGUGGAGCGACCGUUCCUCUCAGCAGUGCAUCGUCGACGUCGGGAGGAGCGCCGCCAAGCCUCCGAUACAGGAGCUGCGGCUGAGGGUGGCAAGCGAGCGAGCGGAGGGCAACCUGGUGAAGGACGCUGCCCAGCUGAAAGCGAUCGAGCGCCUGGACAGGCUGCACCGAGAUAUGCUCGCGUGGAAACCGCCGCCGCCGCCGCUGCCGCCUCCGCCGCCAAAGGAGAGCGAGUGGAAGGGUCCCACCGUCGACGCCUACGGCGAGCCGACCGGCGGCGGCAGCUUUUACACGGGGGUGAAGAACGAGUCCCCGGGGAGCGGCAAGGGCGGGCUGUGGUCGCGCCUGAUGUCGAUGGUGGGCGGCGGCGGCAGCAGCAACGACGGCGAGCCGGACCUAGCGAGCGGCGUUGCGGCGCCCAAAGGCAUAUACAUGCACGGUAGCUCUGGGUGUGGAAAGUCGAUUCUCAUGGACCGCUUCCUCGCGCCGUCGAUCCUCCCUCCCGAGGGGGCUUCGGAGGCGUGGGUGCACCAGCGGGCCCACAAGCUACCUACCUACCUACCUACCUACCUACCUACCUACCUGCUCCAGGUGCACCAGCGGGCCCACAAGCUGCGUCAGCAGAUGCCCGAACUGGGCGACCCCGUGCUCGUCCUCGACGAGGUUGCGGUCACCGACAUUGCGGACGCGCUCAUGCUGCGCAAGCUCUUCCGGCGCCUCUUCCACAACGGCAUGGUCGUCGUCGCUACCUCGAACCGAGCGCCGGACGACCUCUACCUCGGCGGGCUGCAGCGCCCCUCCUUCCUCCCCUUCAUCGACGACGAGCGGUGCGACGUGCACGAGCUCCAGUCGACAACGGACUACCGCACGCUCGCCGCCGAGGCGUCGCCGCUCGCGGAGCUGCCGCCGGACGGCGCGGGCACCUUCUUGCACCCGCUCGACGAGGCGACGGGGAGCAGCGCGCGCAGGCUGUGGGAGGCGCUGGUCGCGGGCUCGGCCACGGCCCCGCAGACGCUGCGCCUCUCGGGCCGCACGCUGGACGCGCGCGCCGCCCGCUUCUCGUUUGCAGAGCUCUGCGGCACCCGCCCUGGCAUCGCACCGCUCGGGCCCGAGGACUACUUGCGGGUGGCCAAGGCGUACGCGGUGGUCGUGCUCGAGGGCGUGCCGCAGCUCACCCUCCACAAGGCCACCGAGCUGCGGCGGCUCAUCACGGCCGUCGACGCGUUUUACGACGCGCAGGUGCUGCUCGUCGUCACCGCCGCCGUGGCGCCCGCGGACCUCUUCCUCGCCGAGGGCGCCGACUCGCACGCAGACAAGUUCGGCGACGUGAUCGGCAACAUCGUGCAGGACAGCGGAGACGAGGAGUUCGCCUUCGCCCGCACGCUCUCGCGGCUGCAGGAGAUGCGCACGCAUGGCUACGUCGCGCGCUGCGCCGGCGGCGUCUCGCCCUCGAGCGUCUGGAUCGCUCACGCGCUCGGCCUCGACAAGAAGAAGAAGAAGAGGAAGAAGAAGGAGGGGGAGGCACAGGUGUGA